AUGUCAAUAUUUACGGCAUCGCGUCAGGGACAAACACCUAAGGGAACAAUGUUUCGUCAGGAAUUCGAAACGGGAUCACGGCAACAUGAUCUGCAGAGAACCACACCGACUCCUGCAAAAGCCGGCUCUCGAGAGCUGACAUCCGGAGCAUGCAUUCCCCCGGAAGAAGGGUCUGACGCUAUUUUUGAGAAGUCAUCUCGACACGAAUGGCCCUCAAAUCGUACCCUGCAACAUCAAUAUGAUGAGCUUGCCACACCCAGUUCCACAAUUGCCGAGUUUGGAGAUAAAGCUGCCAGAUUCAUCGUUCCCUCAGCCACUGUUCUAGUCGAUCAUGUUCACCGAUCCUGGAACGAUUCGCGGGAUGGAUCCCGUUCUGCCAGUAUCAGCAAAUCGCGCUCCAGGAGCUCUUCAAACCGUCAUCCCCAUGAGCGAAGACGUGGGCGCGGUGAGAGACGGGAAGGUAGCCGAGAUAGAAGCAUUGCAUCUGUUUUGUCCCUCGCUGAAGAAGAACAAUCGCAAACCAGCACGCAGAAGCAGCAUCGUCAUGCUAGGAGUCAGGUGCCAAAGAGUACGUCGGUGGAAGCAAUGCGCACCGACGAGAAAGUCGACCGGUUUCUCAAAUCUAUGCGGCCGCACCAGUCCCCAAGCCCUCCUCAGGCUUCUCAACUUGGAAAACCUCCAGGAUUCGAAAAGCCGAGCGGGAUCGACAGCCUCAGUGAUCUAACAGCUGAGAACAAGAGUCUUUAUCAGCGCGUUGCAGCACUUCAGCUCACCGAAAGGGAGCUGUUGGCGGAAAACCAAAACCUGAUACGACAGGUGGCCACUUUGAAUCAUCAGCUUGCUGCGGCAGUGGAAGAGCUAGAGGCAUCAAAGCAACAACAGGGUAUUCACAAUCAACACUGGCACAGAUUGUUCGCAGAGAAGGAGGAUCAGUAUCAAAGUCGGAUCCAUGAAUUAGGCACUCAACUUGUCGAGCUUUCGAGCACCCACCCAAACCCCAAAAAGUCCAGACCGUUGGCUUCAAAUGAUGAGAUAGCAACUUGGUUCACUGAUCAAGACGCUGCAUGGAGAGCGUGGGCUAGGGUAUAUGGGCACCGGGAUCCCAGUAGAUUGGUGGACGGGCUACAUCCAGCACAGUUACAAGAGAUAUGUGCCGAGGUUAGGGGUUUUGUGCAGCUUACGAAUCUGGAAAGGCUGCCGGUUGCCAUCUUGCAUGGAGGAAAAGAAGCUGCCCAUACGCUUUUGCAGGCCAUGUUGGCCAAUUUCUUUUGCGACGAAGUUUUGGAAAGCCCUUAUUGGGUAUUCACGGCAACCUCUUUGGGUACCUUGGAGAGCCCUAGUGCCAGCUUACCUCCACAUGCUCUGGGCUCUGUGAGCGAAGGGUUGAAAGUGAACAUGGAUGCAUUUGGCAGCGGAGGCAACAACGUUGCCGGUGUUCGGGAAAGUGUUAGGGGCUCUGGCUAUGGCUCCGGCUACCAGGUGCCCAAGAGCCCAAAGUAUCCACCGCCGUUGAUUAUGUCCAUGACACAUUCCUUGGGGGCAGGAUGUGCAUCCAUGCUAGGGUUGCCCCUGAAGGGUGACAUGGAGAGGCUGCAAUUCAUGCUGGAAGAUUCCCAAGAUCCUUCGCCCUACUCUCAACAAGCGCAUUGGCGAGCUCACAUGAUGCGGUUAUUUGCGACAGGGGGCAUGGCUUUGAGCCCUUCUUCCUCAUCUUCGACAUGCUCAGCAUCCUCCUCCCGACAAGCGCUCAUUGAUUCACGGCUGAAUUACGCUCGAAAGCUCCGUGACAGAUUUUUGGGAGGUGCAGCUCGCUUUUUGCUCCAUGACCAGGAUGCUUUGGGAAUUGAACGGCUUGAAAGGGUAUUGACUGAAAUGAUUGACGAUGCAUUACGAUUCUCAUGCAAACUCUGGAGUCGGCCUGGAGGAAUUCGUUUGAAGAGGUGGAAAGAUCUACCCGAGUUCAAAAACGGGUAUAAAAACGGCAUGAAAUCCGUCAAGAUCUGCCAGGCUCAGGAUAAGAGCUAUACUGUGCUGAGGCAAACAAUGGCCGACCCCGGGAAAGACGAGGAGAAGGAGGACGAGAACGAAGGGAGACCAGUCAUCAUGGUUGUCCAGCCAGCUGUAGAGGCCGUUAUUGACACCGGUCAUAGCGAAGCACCAUCUCUGGUCUGGCUCAAGGCAAGGGUGAUGGUUGCUGCACCAGUUGAGGAGCCCGUCCCUGGCAGCGGUGCUAGUGACGCAGGGUUUGCACCCUCGCCGGUAACUGCGAGAGGCGAAGCAUUCUUUCCACCAAGCAGAUCUGCCGGAGAAGCCGACAGACCCUCACAUGCGUUCAAGAGUAGCAAGUCAAGCGAGAUAUUGUCUGCUGUUUCAUAUGUUGGACAUCCGGUCGGGGAGAAGAAAGUGUAA